AUGGCUCUUGCAGUGGAUACACCGCAUGGUGCACCGUCGACGCGAGUGUUGGUCGAUGAAGCCGACGACGAUAUUGCCUUCGAGUCUUCUCGGCAGGCCUGGCCGACUACGCAAAAUAAUCCCGCCGAUGGAACCGCCGCAAUGCCUAAAGAUAGAACUAUCCAUUUCAAUGUCACUACGCUCGGCGGUGAUAACCGUGUCAUUGUGACCAGCAACGACACCCAUGACAUCAAUUGGACGGCAAACUCUAGCGUCAAGAUUACAAAUGCCAUCUGGCUGGGAAAUAUGCCUGGCCACUUCGAAGAGACCAAAGAACUAUUCCCCAAUGAAGCCGGCUCCUCCGAGCAGUCAUCUUCAACAAGUUAUUCUAGCAGCGAUUUGGGUCAGCCGAGCACUAGGGCAAAGCGUGGAGAAGGAGUGAAUCUUUAUGGCCAUAGUCUCAGUCUGCCAGUCCACGAAUUAUACCUCAAAUAUGGGGACCAGAGCAUGUAUAUUAACAUGUAUAUUAGCCUUAUGUGGACGCACGACGAUCGAUCUGGUACAUCGAGGAGCGGUGUUUUCACCGUCUUAAAUAGCUCAGUCCCUUCUACAGACUACGAUGCCACGGUACAACGGAUAAAAUAUCUGACGGCAGGCGACGACAACGGCGAUCAACUCAACGGCUUCGAAACCGACGGCGUUCCGACAGAAUCGGUGCCCGGGGGCGAAGUCGAGACAUCGACCCUCCCCCCGCCAACUGCCACCACCUUCCCACCAAACCCAGCCAUCGGCCAAAACACAGGCAGCAAUAGCGGCGGUUCUAGCCUCUCUUCUGGAACCAUCGCUGGUAUCGUCAUCGGCUCGGUAUUUGGCCUGUCUCUCAUCGUAUUCCUAGGCUGGUUCUUCCUCCGACAGCGCCGUCGGGCGGACCACGUCUCGAACAGCGAAUACGGCUCCGGCCACGGCCCCCACAAGUACCUCGCCGAUAAGGAAGCGCACGCCCGCGUCACUGAGUCGCCUCACCCCCCCUACUCGGACGACAGACAACAACCUCAACAGCAGCUGGAACAGCACCACUACCUCCACCAGGGCGGCUCGGGAGCCGCCGUCGGUGCUGCGGAACGAAGCCCUUUGACGCCGUAUGGCGAGGAGGGGCACGUACCCAUCACGGGGAGGUCGAUGGAAGACAUGACCCGGAGCGGCGUACCCUCGUCGACGCCAAACGCCGCCACGAACGUCUCGCAUCUGAUUGAAGAUGGUAUGACGGAGGAAGACAUCCGCCAGCUAGAGGAUGAAGAGAGGGCAUUGGACGACGCAAUCGAGCAGGCUGGACAGGGUCAGCGGCGAGGUUAG